UAGCAACGAACGAACACGCCGUAUAUUGAAACCGACGACGACUACGACUACCAAAAUCUCUGAUAUCGUUACUAUCGAUUUCUCCGUUCCGUACUAUCGACGGCACGUUUCCGCGAAGAACUAUAAGGAAAAGUGAUCCUGUGCGCGUAUCAGCGCCGCGAGUGAUUGAAAAAAAUAAAUAACGAGCCUGUGAAUCGGGGUGAAUCGAUUUAAGAAAAUCGACAUGAAGAUGAACGUUUCGAGACUGUUCGCGGUACUCGUCACCAUCCUCGGAGUUCAGCAGAUGGUAAUCGCUAAGCCGUAUUUCAUCAGCCGAGUUAAGCGAGUAUCGGACCCUCACCUCGCCGAUUUGGAAACCAAGUUGGCGCUCGGCAGCAAGAUCAAGGGGUUCGCAUUCACGCUGCCAGUGGCGGCGGGCAAGGACCUCGACAAAAUUGGGCGCAAACGUCGCUCGCAAUCCCGACUGCUCGACGUCCUUUUCAACCAAUCGGAAGAGGACACCGGGGAACCGUUAAUGGACUACCAGGAUACCCCGAUCUACGCCUACAGCAUUGGACUGAAGUAAAAAAAAAAUCAAAAAAACCGGGGCCGGACCGACAAUUUUCCCACCGGAAAAUUCCCAAACCAAACGAGCCGCCAAUGGAAAAAAUCGUCUUGCUGUACCAUAAUUUUGCACGUAUACCAUUUUUUGUGUGUUUACGGCCCAAGUGGCGUUUGUUUUACAUUUGAAAAAAAAACUAAACUAAAAUGUACUUAUAACCACCGAUGUUUUCUUUUGUGUCGAGUCAGUUUGGAAAGGAUGGUGACCCUUAGUCACAUUCGUCGUUUAAACUAUCAGUAUUAUUAGGAUUGGGUUGAGUCAUAAUGUCUAGUCUAUACAUACAUGAAUGUAUAUUUUUUACUAUUUAUUAUUUACCAGCUAGGCGGUAGGACGUGCGAAUUCGUCCGCGGUCCCGACCGGGCUGGAAGUCUGCGGACGAAUCUGCACGUAUACGAACCCCUUUAUUUUUUUCGACACGCGCAAUCUACACACGUAGCAUUAAAAAUCACCCCCGUCAAAGAAAUGUCCUUUACAUGGUCGUAUUUUAAACAAGCAGAUCGAGGUUGUGCCAAAAAAAAAUAAAUGGGUUUAUUUAUUUGCUUAUUACAAUAUUCAGGGUGUUUCCCAAACACCUGACCAAACAUAAGGAGUGUCAAAACUCAAAAUGUAGCGAAAAUGACCAUUUUCGGGUUAAAAGCUUUUCAUUUCAAUUGCUUAACGCUAAAAAAAUCAUAUAGAAAUUAAAUUAGUGCCGCAAAAAUAUUGGAUAGACCGUCUUCAUGGCCGCCACUGGAAUUAAUAAUUACUCAUGUACUUACAGAAAUGAUCAUCUCCCAAAUGUUGGUCAUGUAAGAAACACCCCGUAUAUCGAUAAAAUCUCGAAUCGAACGAUUUUUGUUGUAAUUUUUGUACACACCCGUCAAGUCAAAGUUGCGUUUUGUAUACCGAGCCGCUUAUUAUUUAUUCCUAUUUUUGUUAUGUAAAUAUAAUCUUGGAAUUAUGUGGUUGCGUUUCAGUUGCGCUGUUUACACGCAGAAAUACGUAUAAAAAAUCGUCCAACGUGUAUCUCGCGAUUAGGCAAUACGUUUUUAGAAAAAAAAAGUCAUAACAAAAACAAAACUGACCUCAACUACGAACGCACCAACCUUUCCGACGAUACACUGUCAAAUGUAGAUAAUAAAAGCGCAAAAACAAACCAUAUGUGCCACCGCAAAACAAUUGGGCAACGUUGUGCGUUAUUUUUGUUAUUAUAACCAAUUAAUGGGUCCUCUCUAUUUGCGAAUGUGCAGUUGCGAAAUGUUUAAACCACAUGUUUACUCCAACGAGAUAGUG